AUGCUGGCUGAUCGGAGCGAGCUUCUUCGGUCGAUCGAAGGGAAGAUGAUGACUAUAUCCGCGGACAUUUACCAACAACCACAAAAAACGCAAUUGGCCUUGAUUGAGGCAUACCGUGAGCAGUUAGAAGAAGAGCCUCGCUCACAUAUAAAAUGGGAUGAGUUUGAGUCUGAUGAUGACAAUCCUCCUACGCCUAUGAUUUAUGAUUAG